AUAACCAAUGAUAUUCUCCUUUUUAAUGAGUGAUUUUUUAUUUGAAUUGUAUCUCUAAAACCUUUGUUUACUAUGUUGUUGUUAUUAGAUUGACUAUUUAAAGUAUGUAUGAUUUAUAGUUAAUCUUUUAUGAAAUGAUUGACCAUUCUAAGUCGAAUCAACCAUGUGAAAAGUACAUUUUAACUUCAUGACUAGAAAGCCGGGAGCCUCUAAAAUCUGUGUUAAUAUUAGUGAAGCUGAUCAGGUGAUUAAAAGAGUUAUAUUAAAGACUAAUUGCGAUUUAGCUCUUAUUGUUGCCUCGUGAAGUUCUGUUGCCUGUCAUAAUGCUGUUGAAAAUUACAUAUCAUGGAAAUUCAAAUGCGAUUAGUUCAACAAUGUGAUAAAAAUUCAGCUGAAAGUGUUAUCAUUUUUUAUCAUAAAAAAGGGCAUUCUUAAAGGACGAAACAUUUUUAGUCAAUAAUUUUGUUGCUUUUUUUUGUUUAUUUAUUGUUUAAAUACCGUUCUUUAAGUUUUUUGUACCUGAUAAAACACCAUGGGAAGUCAAUUGCUGUCCAUUUUAAGACAAGGUGUUUGGGCUAGUCUCACUGGAGGAUGGUAUUAUGAUCAAAAACAGUCACAUUUUUCCAACCUCUUUCAUCUAUACAUUUGGUUAUUGCUGUUGUGUCUUCCUUUGGCCAUAGAGCUUUGUGUUAAAAGUUAUCUAAAUAGUCAAGAUCAUAUAUUAGUAUGGUCUCUCUAUUGCCUCAUUAUAGCUUCCAUAUUCACUAUAAUAAAAUUGGUUAACGCAUAUUUGCAUCAUCUAUUUGAUUCCGGAGAGUACGUAGUGGAAGAAGAAACUACGAGUCCUGAUGAUGAUGAAAGUGGUGGGGACAAAGUCGAUGAGAAAGAAGGUGAUAAAAGUAGUAUCUGCUACCAAUCUUUUGAUGAAGCCAGUAAAACACUUAACAUGGAAACUUCAUCAGACACUUCUAAAGUUUGUGAUAUUUAUGUUCAUAGUAAUGGAGUUGCUAAUCAACACGAACACAGUCUGUCAAACAAAAGUGCUAGAAACUCAAUAGAGGGAUCAACAUCUAGAAAGCUUAAUCGCAUCAAUUCAGGAAAAUCAUCUAUACGUGCAAAUAAUAAUUCAGAGAACGGAGUUAUACCAGGAACAUCAGUUGUAGUUUAUCAGCCUCUUGCAGCAAAUGAUUUACCAUCUCCGUCAACAAGUCAAGCGAUAGUUCCUUCCUCACCAACAUCCGUCAAAUCUGUCGAUGGACCACCAAGCUAUCUUUUGGCAAGAAUAUUAGCAACACCAGGAACUCAUUUAGCAAGAAGUAAUGAUGAUACAUCAACUGGAGCUGUUCAUUGUUUUCAGGAUGAAUGUGGUACUUGGUUAACUUACAUAUUCGAUGAAAACAGUAUCGGAACUGCUAAAACCUUAGUGAAUAGUGAGAGUAAACCUUAUUUCGCUGACAUACCCUCAGCCUCUGGUUUACCUUCUAACCGAUCAAAUGCUGAUAAAUGGGCGUCAGACUCAUCUGAAUCCUCAGAUUCAUCAGAUUCACUCACUGUGAUGGAAAAAACUCACCCCGAAAGUGGUUCAAAAAGCAAUACUCAGCACCAAAGGCUUGCAAUAGGAGAAAAAUGCUCAAUAAAUAAUACUUUUUCUCCGCAACUUGAAACACAAUUUUUACGAUCACCAAGCAUAAACUCCAUGUUUACAGAAACAAAUGCAAUCUCAUUCCCGAUGUCAAUGAACCCUCGAUUUGGUUCAAGUCCAAAUAUAGUUAUUACUUCUGAUCGUCAUGUCAGCUUCUCCACCAAUCUCAAUAGUCCAGAAUAUGCUAAUCUUUCAUUCCGAUUACCAAUUCGAUAUAAUGAUUUCAUUUCUCCUGCCAAGCCGAAACAAUAUUACAAAUUAUGGAUUCCACCUUGUUUUCAAUGGAGAUACGUGAAAAUACGUUUUGAUCGCUUAAAUUUACUAACUUUGCUGGACCGAAGUUUGACUCGAUUCGAAUUGAUUUCGUCCAUAUUCUUAGCUGUAUUAGUAGCUGUUCUUGGAUCAAUAAUUAUAGAAAAAGGCUUUUUUACGGAUCUUUGGUUAUUCAUAUUUUGCUUAGUCAUCUGUUCCUCACAAUAUACACUUUUAAAAAGUGUUCAACCUGAUGCAGCGUCACCAGCCCAUGGAUACAAUCGUAUCAUUAUUUACAGUCGUCCGAUUUACUUUUCAAUUGUUUGCUCAAUUAUUUUGCUGUCGCGUUACUAUCUGGACAACAAUUUAAAAUACUCUGUAAAUUUUUAUGAUUUCAAUUUUAUGGAUCCGUCGGUUAUUCGUGCUAUUGAAGAAGGAGCCAAAAUCUGCAUUCUAUCUUUCCCGAUUAUCUUCUCAUUUGGACUUUUACCUCAAAUCAAUACUUUUCUGAUGUAUACCAUGGAACAGAUUGAUAUUCAUGUCUUCGGCGGAACUGCUUUCACUACUGGAUUAACAUCUGCCUGUUAUUGCAUAAUACGGAGUAUUUCUAUUGUUCUUAUUCUCUAUGCGAUCGCACUCACAUCAUUACUUCGAGUUACAAAUCGUCAAAGAGCUUCGACAGUUUUGACUUAUCAUGAUUAUGAUGUAUUGUUUUCUAUCUUCUGUAGUCUCCUUGUGUUUUUCGCUUACUUUAUGAGUCGACAAACUAGUGACCCAACGAUUGUCUUUAGCCUUAUCCGUAGAUAUAUAAUUUGUGGGGGAUUAUCAUUGAACCAAAAGUCAAAAAAUCAAGCAAAUAGGGGCAUUGGUAAUUCAUCAAACCCAUCAAACGAUAUUGAUGCUCGCCAAGAAGAUGACGAAGAUGGAAAUCCUAUUCAGAAAGAAUAUGUUGAUCCUUUGCCAGGGAAGUUGGAAAAAAUACUUUUGACUCGACUAGAAAAUGAUGUGAUUCUAGCCAUUUUGAUGACCAUAAUAUUCUUCGCUAUUCAUGUUAGCACUAUUUUUACCCUACAACCUUACGUUCAAAUGUCCUUAAGCAUUCUAGCUGUUUCUUGGGGCUUUGUUUUGCACUAUAUUUUUACUCAUUUCCGUAAAGAGUUGCCUUGGCAGUUUUUUGCAUCACCUAUCUUGAAGCCCAAAGAGUACGAUCAAUAUGAGGUUAAAGAAGAAGCCCUACUAAUGUGGUUCGAAAAGUUCCAAUGUUGGCUCGGUUUUAUUGAAAGAAAUGCCAUUUAUCCAUGCGUCUUUCUAAGUAUUUUGACAAAAGAUACUCCCGAAAUUAUCAAUAAAUAUGGCGUCUACUCAGGAACUCUCAUCAUGGUUAUAUGUGCUUUUAAAUCCAUCCGAUCUACGUACAAUGAUUCAUCGCAUAAUCAUUUCAUUCUGCUCUUUACAUGGUUAACAUUUCAUUACGAUCUCUCCUACCUCAGAGAACCAUUUCUCGUCAAUUAUGCUGUUUUUUCAACCUUUUACCUCAAGUUUACAGAGCUUCUAUUGAAAAUUCGUUUCGUUAUCACGUAUGUCGCUCCUUGGCAAAUCUCUUGGGGAUCAGCAUUCCAUGCUUUUGCUCAACCCUUUUCAGUGCCCCACUCAGGAAUGCUUUUCAUCCAAGCUAUCCUUUCAUCAAUCCUUUCAUCUCCAUUAGAACCUGUUUUGGGUAGUGCCAUUUUUCUUUGUUCUUAUGUAAGGCCAGUCAAAUUCUGGGAAAGAGAUUACAAUACAAAACGCAUUGAUUAUAUAAAUACUCGUCUUGUAAACCAGUUGGAGCGUAGUAUUAUCGGCAGUGAUGAUAAUAACCUUAAUUCCAUCUUUUAUGAACACCUAACACGUUCUCUUCAACAUUCACUUUUUGGAGAUCUGGCUCUUGGACGAUGGGGUCAAGUUUCACAAGGUGAUUGUUUUGUUUUAGCAAGUGAUAAUCUCAACUGUUUGGUGCAUAUAAUUGAACUUGGAAAUGGCUUGGUUACCUUUCAAGUUCGUGGACUUGAAUUUAGGGGAACAUACUGCCAACAAAGAGAGGUUGAAGCCAUCAGUGAACCUGUUAAUGAUGAUGAGGGUUGCUGUUGCUGUGAACCCGGUCAUCUACCCUCAAUGCUUUCAGUUAAUGCUGCAUUCAAUCAAAGGUGGCUUGCCUGGGAAGUUACUCACAGUAAAUAUGUGCUCGAAGGAUACUCAAUCUCGGAUAACUCAGCUAUAUCUAUGUUACAACCAUUGGAAUUGAGGAAAGCUUUGAUCACAUAUUAUGUUAAAUCUCUCAUAUAUUAUACUAUUGUCAGCAGUAAACUAGAAACAUGGCUACGAAAUGAAGGCAUCAGGGAAACGAUUGAUGGUCUUACAAAUGAUAGAGAUUUUGUUGAUUUAGAUCCCGUAUUUAAUUUAUCUGUUGAUGAGGAUUAUGAUUUCCGAGCAUCUGGUAUUAAUCGUGCAAGCUUUUGUCAAGUUUACCUAAACUGGAUUAAAUACUGUUUGACCAGACGAAAAAGCGUAAUCGAAGAUGCUCAGGAUAAAGAAGCUGUUGUAUCUCUUUGUUUUGCUCUUUCAUUGUUGGCACGUAGAGCUCUCAGUGCUGCAUCUCACAAUAACUCAUUUAAUACUGUCGAGUUUCUUCUUUUUGGUUUACAUUCGCUGUUCAAGGGAGAUUUUAGGAUUACCUCUCCUCGUGAUGAAUGGGUUUUUAAAGAUAUUGACCUUCUCAAAAAAGUAAUUGCUCCGAGUGUUCGAAUGGCUGUAAAACUUCAUGCUGAUCAUUUCAUGUCAACUGAUGAAUAUGACGACAAUAUUGUUCUCUGGGCAUCAAUCUCUAGUUAUCGACAAAAUUGGGUUAUUUCACACGAAGCUGAUCCAAUCUGGAGAAAUGCUCUUCUUUCAAAUGUUCCUUAUCUUCUUGCCUUGCGUCAUGUCACUGAAGAUGGUACCAAUCAAUAUAAAAUAAUUAUGCUUAAUAGAAGGCAUCUCAGUUUCAGAGUAAUUAAGGUAAAUCGCGAAUGUGUUCGUGGUUUAUGGGCAGGACAGCAACAAGAAUUGGUUUAUUUAAGGAAUCGUAAUAAUGAGCGUGGGUCAAUUCAAAAUGCUAAACAAGCUUUGAGGAACAUAAUCAAUUCCUCUUGUGAUCAACCCAUUGGUUAUCCAAUUUAUGUAUCACCUUUAAUAACCUCCUUUGGUGAAACAAAUCCACAAUAUUGUUCUGUAAUUGGUAAACCAUUGAGCUUUCAUACUUUCAAGUCAGCAAUUUUAUCAGCUUGGAAUCGUUUUAAAACUCGAUGCCGUGAAGGCUGUUCAAGUGGACGAGCCUGUCAAGAAGAAGUUAAUCAAGAAGAGUUGAUGAUGAGGCCACUCAACUCCGUCCCACCCUGUCGAGCUGGACGAAUUCAAGACAGAUACGCUUUCGAUAGAAGUCGAGGAGGUAGUCGACCCAGUCGCAGUGGACAUGGAAGUGAUCGAUCUUUUAAUGAACGAUGCCAUCUUUUAACUCGUAUAUCAUGUACCAUUCCAAAUCAAUUGUAUCCACAAACAGCGUCAGCUCAUCAUGUUUCAGGAUCAUCGGCAAUCUUGGACACAUUCAACCGAGCUGUAUCUAAUAAUCUCCGUCAAAAUUCAGGAACAUUGAUUAAUAUGACAGCUUUUCGUCCUCAAGACAAUUGUGAUAAUGUAUUAGAAAUGACUUCAUUCACUUCUCGUGGUUCAAUUAAUAGUACAAGCAUUAGCAACACCAAUAACAACAGUAUAAGCAGUAAUAAUAUUACUAGUAACUCCAUUCACAGUAAUAAUAGUGGUAAUAUUAACCAUUCUAGCAGCAGCAGUACUAAUAACAUCAAUAAUAAUAAUCCUGGUUGUAUCGCUAAUAGUAAUAGUGUAACAAAUGAUGAUCACCAUCACCAUCCUCUUUGCCAGCAUUAUCAAACUUCACAAAUCAAUCCCAUAGUCACAACUAACGAUUCAAAUGCAAUCCCAUCUACCGUUACUACAGUCUCAUCUUCAUCCUCUCCAACCACAAAAAAUACCACUUCUGCUGUUACUAUUGGGUCAUCACCAUCAUCAUCUGCAUCUUCCUCCACCUCAUCCCCUUCUUCAUCAACUGUGACAGCGGUAACUUCACCAUCAUCUUCAUCUUCAUCAUCACCUUCACCGACAUCUUCAACUCACUUGCAUCAUCGUUCACGGCCAGAAUUGGUUUAGAUAAAAAAAUUUAAUAACUACAGAAGUCGGUCUCUCCAACAUCUCUUAAUUUCUAUAUUUAUAAUUGUUUGUGAGCUUGUACUCUUUUCUAUGGAUUCAUUCACACAAAAAUAACUUUUUUCUAUUCUCUUUUUUUAAUGCCUACUACUAGACAAAUUAAGAAGAGGAUUUGCAUUAUUUGUUUGAUCUUUUUAUUGUUAGCACAUAAUUUAUACCUAACAAUGAUUGAACUAAUGAGAAAUGAUAAAUUGAUAAUAUCAAAUGUAUAAAAAAUACAACCUGCCAUAAGUCUAUUAAAUUAUGUCUUUUGAACAACUUAAAGA